UGAAAAAGCAAACUGUGCCGCCUUCGGAACCGUCGCGCCGUGACGUCGCCGCCGCCGCCACGCACGCACGUGCCUCGGACGUCACCCCGCCCCCUUGGACGAAGCCCCGCCUCUCUAGCCUUUCCUGGCCUUGUUGCGGAGGGAUGUGUGCGCGGGGUGACGAGGAGAACAGGGCAGUUGGAAUAAUGGAAGAGCAUAACAAUGGUGUCAGUCUAACUAAACAAGAAAGCAUGGUUACGCUUGUGGAAGCAGAGAGGGGAGCUGAGGGAGUAGUGGAGGAAGAUGCAGGAGAGGGUAACGCCACGGAGAAUACCGCCAAUACAUCCAACAUGUACAGAUAUAUUAAAGAUGAUUUGUUUACUUCGGAGAUUUAUAAAGUAGAAAUUCAGAAUCUCCCAAAGUAUAUUGGCUUUAACGAAGUAAAGAAAUUUCUGGCCAAAUAUGGUCUCAGUCCUCACAAGAUCAAACUGUUGGGGAAGCAGACCUUUGCGUUUGUCACCUUCAAGAGUGAGGAGGAGAGGGACAAAGCAAUGAAGGUCCUUCAUGGAGUCCGGUGGAAGAACAGAAACCUAAGUGUCCGGCUUGCAAAGCCUAAGGCUGACCCCAUCAUCAAGAAGAGGAGAAGGGAGGAGGAGGAGGAGGAGGGCGAGGAGAUGCGAGAUCAGACCAUGGCCAAGUGCCCGACUUCUUCAAAAAAUAGCAAGGAGGAGCCGCUCAGUAAGCAGAUAGCGGAAGUGGUGACCCCAUUGUGGAAGGUACCCUAUGAGGAGCAACUGGCCAAAAAGAAGCAAGAAUGUGAGCAAGUGCUGCUGAAACUGACCUGGCAGAUCGGAAACAAGAACAAAGCUCUGCUACCAUGGCUGUUCCUGCAAAGGGAGAAAUACAAUGACCUCUGCUGCUCCCUGGAGGGGGUGAAAGCAUCACCAUUACAGACUGACUAUCGCAACAAAUGUGAAUUUUUGAUUGGCAUAGGCCCAAAUCAAGAAGACAAAAUGGUGGGGUUUCGCCUUGGCAAAUACAAAGGUGGAACAUGUGCUGUAGUGGAACCCUUUGACACCAUUCACAUCCCGGCUGCUACCAAAAAGGUGGUGAGGGCUUUCCAAGACUACAUCAGGUCCACCCCAUAUUGUGUCUACAGCCCAGAAACCUACGACGGCCACUGGAAACAGCUAACGGUUCGCACCAGCAGGAAUGGUCAUCUCAUGGCAAUCGCUUAUUUCAAUCCACAGAAAUUGAGUAAAGAAGAGCUGAUAGAACUGCAAGCCUCUUUGUCAAAAUAUUUCACAGAAGGCCUCGGAAAGGACAGUGGGAUCACUUCGCUGUACUUUGUGGCAGAAGGUCAGCGGAAAUCACCCAAUCGAGAAGAUUUGACCUUAGAGCACAUUGCUGGUGACAAGUACAUAUACGAAGAUCUUCUGGGCCUAAAGUUUCGGAUUUCUCCCCAUGCUUUUUUCCAAGUCAAUACACAAGCUGCUGAAGUUCUGUAUUCAGCCAUUCAGGACUGGGCCCAGGUCAACCAGGACACCACUGUGCUUGAUGUCUGCUGUGGAACUGGAUCUAUUGGCAUUUCACUAGCUAAGGAAGCGAAGAAGGUGAUUGGAAUUGAGCUAUGUCAGGAAGCUGUGGAGGAUGCCAAAGCGAAUGCUCAGCUUAAUGAGCUGAAUAAUGUGGAGCUGCACUGUGGAAAGGCUGAAGAUCUUGUUCCAUAUCUAGUCAACUCCCUAGUACUACAAAAUUCCAUUGCAAUUGUGGACCCUCCACGAGCAGGGCUGCAUUCCAAAGUCAUUCUCGCAAUCCGAAAAGCUGAACACUUGAAGAAGCUCAUCUAUGUCUCCUGCAAUCCUCGAGCCGCCAUGAACAACUUUGUCGACCUUUGUCAAGCUCCCUCUAACCGCGUCAAAGGAAGCCCUUUCCGUCCCACGAGAGCCAUGGCUGUGGAUCUCUUCCCCCACACGAUGCACUGUGAACUGCUACUCUUCUUUGAAAGAAUAGAAUAUUCAAGUGACAAACCUCCUGAAAUCUCCUGGGAACCUGUUGAAAUGCCCCGUGUGAAUCUAGAAACAGCAGAUUCGGUGGAAGUGGACAAUGCUGAUUUCUCUGAAGAGACUGUUCCAGCUAGUGAUGGUAAAUAGACUAACCAGUUUACAUGAAUGAUCCAUUUCUACCAGAGCUGCAUCUGAAGAGUCAGCUCGUUCCUGGGAUUUCAAAAGGAGGCCUUUUCAAUUGUCAGUACUUCUUUCUGGUAAACCUGAAACCACUAUCUCCUACGGAAGAUUAUGUAUCUCUUAACGUUAGCAGUUUAAGAAAGCCUGAUCCAAAAAUGAGUCUUUUAAAAAAAUGUUUUAUGUGCUUGUGGGCCAAGAGGGCAUUUAGCCUUCAUGCAAAUUUGAUUUAUUUUUACAUCUUGAAAUAAGUGUGUCAACUGUGAAGGACCACUAAGGAAAGCUUGUAUUCCAGGGCAAGCUUAUCACAUGACCCAACUGAUAAAGAAUUAACAUUACAAAAUGUGCAUGUUCUGUAACUGAGUUUGAGAUCAGUCUGCAAGGGAAGGUGGAGAGAGAAAGCGUUUGCUAGCUUUCCUUAAAACUGGGCAGUUUAGUACUGGAGAAAGGAAGCUGCCUUCUACCGAGUCAGGGUUGGCUCCCCUAGCUCAGAAUUGUCUACACUGAUUGGCAGGAGUCUUUUUUGGAAGGCAGUGGGGCACCUCAGGAGCCACUUUCUUAAGUGCUAUUACAUCUGUAACUUAGAGAGAAGGGCUGCUCCCUUAAUAUUCUGUCAUGGAGCUAUGGGACCUUUGCUAUGACAAUUAGCUGUAGGAGGGGAACAGAUGAAUGCUAACCUGUAUUUCUAAGGACGCUGUGAUUAAAAAUGCUACGUUUAGCCAAACUAUUGGUCAAGGAGGUACUCUGAAUUAAUUGGGAAAGUUAAUUUUUUAACAGAAAUUCUUAAGCAUGCUCUGUUAACUGAGAAGGGAUGCCUGCACCAUCUAACUAUUCCUCUAAUCAAAAGGCAGGAGAGGAAGCAUGCCUUUAUCUCCUCUCUGUGGGCUUCCCCGGGGGAUUUAUUAUUGUUAAAUUUAUAUACCACCUUUCAUUAAAACAAUCCCAAGGCGGUUUACAGCAAAAUUUAAAAACAAGAUUGUGUGGCCCCUGGCCUGACUUAGCAGGGCUCUUCUCGUGCUCGCAACAAAACAGGAUGCCUUGCUUCAGAUCCAUUUUUACCCAUUAUGCGAGCUUAGUUAAUUAUUUAAUUGGAUAGGGAUGACGCUAGGAUUACUCAGUGCAGCCCCCUCACCACAAAUAAGUCGUUUAAAUGGCUUUUUUUCAAAGCAGUAAGAAGGAACAAUGACCUACAGCAGCAGUUAGGCACAGAAAUUCAUGUAAUAUCAAACUUUAUUGCUCAAAACUAAUGUUUUUUGGGGAAAGAAAAAACACAAGUACUCAAAGACCUAAGACCAGAGGCUCAAUGAAAGAGGCUUUAUAGUUGUACCAACUGAGCACUGGCAUCAAGCAACUGCACUCAACACACAAUUCAUACAGCAACCAGUAACAUCAGGUUGGUCACAUUCCUUUUCAAUAUACAAUACUGUAACUGAUUACUAAAUUCCAAGUAGCACUGACCGACUUAGACUGGAAACUGUUCCCACAGACACUACAGGCAGCUAUUAAUUCCUGGGUUUUCUCAGCAGAACCAGACUACUGUAAAUCUAAGCAGAGCUGGAAAUAAUGUUUCAAGUGUGACAGCUGCUGGAAUAGCAUUUUCUGAGACUCGCUUCCAGCAGCUUGGUACCUCAUUGCUAGAAAUGUGAAGAAAGCUUUCGCUGAGCCACUGGCUAUCAGAUUGGGUGGCAUCGAUUUCCCACCGAAGUUAAUAACUUUCCAUCCAGCAUUAAAUAUUCAAAAUACCACUCCUAGGAGCCAAACAUCUCACAUCCGCCAAAAGGUACAUAAUAUGCAAAGCAAAAGCUAUUUCCAGAGGAUGGAACAGUUGCUUAUUAUAAAGCCCAUCCAGGUGAACUUAUUGACCUAAUGCAUGAACAAAGGGCUGAAGCAGGUUUUGCUGUAGACAUUUUCUUAAAGACCAAAAUCAUUACAGUUGGUUAACUAGAAAAACCACAUGGUUACAAGAGUUACGCAACAGUUUGCAGAUAUGUCUCGAAUCACGCUGCAUAAGAAUUCAUGCAGAAGCUGAAGUUAAUGCAACGAUCUACCCUCUAUCGGAGUAGCUUGUGCUUAUGUGCAAAUGCAAGACUGGUACACUUCAAACAAGAGUAAACAUCAUCCGAGUACAAGAAUACUUCACAGUGACAAACAGCAGUUACAUUGUUUGUUCCAACAGUUAUUGCGCUUUGUCUGCACAUCUUGCCAAAGAGAGGCUGCAGCACAUCAAAAUACCUUUUUAAAAUUUUGUAAAAAGAGAAUGCAUAAUUUGUACUAGCCUUUGGUUCACAAUGACAUCUCAGGAUGCUUUCUGGGCAGUGAUCACUUUUUAGGAUUCAGACUGUGGCAGACUGAGGUAAGAGAAGAGUAAAGCCAAACGAUCAAUGGGGUAAUGUUCUUAGCAAUAAGCGAUUUUAGAACGAGGUAUCUAUGGAUACCCUGCAGAUGGUUUUUUUUGGGGGGGGGCGCAAUAUUAAAAUGCGUUGUGAAAUUGCCUUGACAGCAUCCCCACCCCCCAUCCCUGGAAAAGCAAGAAACGAAGCAAAUGUUAAAACCUACUUAAUAAAAGGCAUAGUAGAAAGCC